CAAGGAUAAGCUCGGCAUCACCUCCGACGAGAUUCUCUCCUCGAUGCUCUGGUCCGAAGUGGUCUCCCGGCUGAUCCAGCAACAAAAGAUGUCGCCGUUUUGCAUCGUUCAGGACGAGUUGUCAGCUCUGGAGAUUGCGAACAUAAUUAUGCGCGAGGACAACUUCAUGAUUGCAUUGACCAAUCACAACACCUUCACUUCGCACCUUCCAGCAUGGUUCCCAGCGCGGCUCGCGUAUACCAGGGUGGUCCAUUGGAGCCUCCGCACGGCGAUCUUCCGUUCGGCCUUCGACGCGCGCAGCAGAAUCCAUGCACACUUUUUGGAUCAGCCUCUCGCGCUGGCACGGCGCCUGCAGUGGCUUGGCGUCCUCAACCUCGUCCUGAUGGUGCCUGUUCUCUUGUUCGUCACGAUCUUCUUUUUCAUGCGCCACGCCGAGGAGUUUCGCUCCCACAGGACGUCGCCGUUCGAGCGGCAGUGGACUGGGUACGCCCACUGGACUUUCCGCGAGUUCAACGAGCUGCCGCACCACUUCACGGCACGGAUGUGCCAUGCGCAGGCGGCGGCCGAGUCGUACGUGCGGUCGACCAGGGAGGCGUCGCCAGUGUUAGAUUCCAUGCGGCGAUUCACCAAGUUUGUGGCGGGCUCCAUCCUGGCCGUGCUCCUGGUGGUGGCGCUGUACGACGACUCCCCGCUGCUCUUCGUGAAGAUCCUGGAUAAGAAUCUGCUCUGGUACCUCGCCCUCUUCGGGUUCCUGUUCGCCGUGGCCGACAGCGCGCAAGGCGUGGCCGCCCAGCCGCACAAGGAGCUGCAGUCGCUCACAGCGAGCACGCCCCUGCAUAUGCACAUCGCGCUGAUGAAGCUGGUGAGAUGCACGCACUACCUGCCUGCGUCCUGGCGCUCCCCAGCUCCUCUGGAGGAGUUGGCGGGCGACUGCGGCGGUGUGCGGCGUGCGCACCUGUGCGAGCACUUCCGGCGGGUCCGCUCCGGCUUCCUCCAGGACUUUUUCGUGCACCGCAUCCAGGCGCUCGCAGAGGAGCUCCUCGGGGUUGUAUUGUGCCCACUGUUGCUAAUGGCGUACUUGCCACAAGCGGCUCCCGAGAUCGUUGACGUGAUCAGGCGCUCGCAGCACGCCUCCAACAACCUCGGGGACUGGUGCGCCUUCGGCUGCCUGGACCCUGCCCGCAGCGGCAGCGACCUGUACGGGAGCCCGCUGCGCCUUGGAGGCGCCGGCGGCAUGGCGGGCGGCAGCGGGAGCAGCAGUGCCACGGAACCCCCGUCCAUGCUCGGGUGGGGCGGCCGGGAGCUCGGGUCGCACGACGGCAAGCUGGAGAAGUCGGUCGUCUCCUUCCUGCUCGCCCACCGGUUGCCCUGGCUCCACCGCGAGGGCGACGAGGC